AUGGAGUUCCCUUUCGAUGUGGACGCGCUGCUCCCGGAGCGGAUCACGGUGCUGGACCAGCACCUGCGGCCCCCGGCCCGCCGACCCGGAACCACAACGCCGGCCCGUGUUGACCUGCAGCAGCAAAUUAUGACCAUUGUCGAUGAACUGGGCAAGGCUUCUGCCAAGGCCCAGCAUCUUUCUGCUCCAAUUACUAGUGCAUCGAGGAUGCAGAGUAACCGCCAUGUUAUCUAUGUGCUCAAAGACACUUUGGCCCGUCCGGCUGGGAAAGGAGCCAUUAUUGGCUUCCUCAAAGUUGGAUACAAGAAGCUCUUUGUACUGGAUGACCGUGAGGCUCACAAUGAGGUAGAACCACUUUGUAUCCUGGACUUUUACAUUCACGAGUCACUGCAACGUCAUGGCCAUGGCCGAGAACUCUUCCAGUAUAUGUUGCAGAAGGAACGGGUUGAACCACACCAGCUGGCCAUUGACCGACCCUCACAGAAGCUGCUGAAGUUCCUGAAUAAGCACUACAACCUGGAGACCACAGUCCCACAGGUGAACAACUUUGUGAUCUUCGAAGGCUUCUUUGCGCAUCAGCACCGGCCCCCCGCUCCCUCCCUGAGGGCCACGCGACUCUCUCGUGCUGCCGCGGCAGACCCCACGCCCACUGCUCCAGCAAGGAAGCUGCCACCCAAGAGGGCAGAGGGAGACAUUAAGCCAUACUCCUCCAGUGACCGAGAAUUUCUGAAGGUAGCCGUGGAGCCUCCGUGGCCCCUAAACAGGGCUCCGCGCCGCACCACCCCUCCAGCCCACCCGCCCCCUCGCUCCAGCAGCCUGGGAAACUCGCCAGAACGGGGGCCUCUCCGCCCCUUUGUGCCAGAGCAGGAGCUGCUGCGCUCCCUGCGCCUCUGCCCUCCACACCCCACUGCCCGCCUUCUGCUGGCCACCGACCCUGGAGGCAGCCCGGCGCAGCGUCGCCGGACCAGCUCCCUUCCCCGCUCUGAGGAGAGUCGAUACUAAGAGCUGCCCCCUUCCUCCCUGGGAGACCGGAGCAGGCAGAGACCCCUGUCCCUGAGCAGCUCAGACCCUGCUUCCGUUGCAUCCUCCAAACCCAGUGGACCAUCAGAGCCCUAGGAUUUCCUCUUCUUCUCUCAGACAACUGGGUUGUCAGGGUCCAAAUGGCCUAAUACUUUGUAGCUUUCCUUAACCACAGAAGGAACCCCUGUUGCCCCAGACUGGGCUCUGCUCUCCCUGUGCUGGGUUGCUCAGACCACGUAGAGAAGCACAGUCUUGCUCACCCAUCAGACUAGACCACAUGGAAGAUGGAGGCCUCCCCCUAAAAGGUUAGGGGUCCUGUCCUUGGAAAGGUCCCAUAUAAUUCUCUGUUCUGCCAACUGGUGCGUGAGCUCUGCUCCAGAGCAGCCCAGCUAGGAAGGAAGUGGUUCCCCGGUGGGGUCUGCUCAGUGUUGCCAAACCGUUCGUUCCGCCAUGUUGUGUGUGUGAGGGAGCUCCCAAACUCAUGCUGCUCUGGGGGUCUUUAAAGGAGAUCCACUGACACUACCACUUCUCCCAGAUCUCUCCGAAGGAGUUUACUUUUUGGCAGUGGAUCCCAGCAAAUACCUGGGAUCACUCUCAGCCAUGUCUGAAGUUUCGUUAGACCCAUUCCUCCCUGUUAGCGACGCUCAUUCCGUCUGGUGAGACGUCUUGAGAUGGGGUGGGGACUGCUCUUCCCCUGCCUCCCACUCUUCCCUCCAUAGCAAGAGCCUCCUGCCCGGACCCGUGCCCGGGGUCCAGACUGACCUCUCGGUCCCUGCCCUCCGAGUGUGUAGACAGGUACUCCCGCGCGUUCCCUGUGUCCUUGGGAGCAGGAUCUCCCUCUCCCCCACUUCCUCCUCCCUUUUCUUCUCCCCCUUACUGUUGUCUGAAUAAAGUGAACUUUUUGUGUUUUCUAAACUGACAUUUUCAAUGGAAAAAAAGAACCACACACACAAAAACCAGUAUAAAGUGUCAGCCUCAUUUGUGCGUCAUACCUUAUUUUCCUGGGAGCUCAGGAUCUCAGCCGCUCUCCAUUUCUGAGACCUACAGAUCUUCCUCCAAGGGAGCUCAGAGCUCCCUUCCAAGAUCUGCUGGGUCCCCUCCCAGUGCUCCUGUGGGUCUCUCCCUUCCUCCGAAGGCUUCAGACCAAGUCCCUGUCCCCCAGCAAUCUCCAGUUCUUCCCUAGGGACUCGCCUUCACCCCGGCCAGCGCUUGAGAUGUCAUUUACCAGCAGCACCUUGGGAUCCACUAAUUACCUUCCUGGGUUCCUCUCCCAUGCUGUGAUUUCCUGAUUGAACCUCUGCCCCGCUAACCCUGAGGACCUCUCGGGAUGAGCCCUAACCUCCACUGAGGGGCCAACACGGUCUGUUACUCUACUCCAUAGGCUCCUUUUGCUCUGCAGUUUGGUCUUGUCACUCCGUAUUUCUCUCUGAUCCAGGUAUUAUAUUUAAACAUCAAAGUACCUGCUCCAACAAAUUAUUUUUUUGCCUAUGUAAGUCUUUUUGUGACAUGAUCUGAACCUCAUUUAGUCAUAUAUUUAACACAUUACCCCAGCUGGAAAGGAUAAAGCAAUAAAUCAGAACCAUCACAGAACAUCCUGGGGCAUAAAGUGCACGCCAACCCCUUUUCUGGGGCGUGGCUUAGGUCAGACCCCCUUGGGGACGAUAGUCGCGCCCUCCGGGUUUUGUUCCUGCGCUGUUCCUCACCCUCCCUCCGAUCACUCCGGGCCCCCGCCCCUGUCCCGUGGUCCCGCCCCAUCAUCGCCCUUUCU